AUGACCAUCCCAGACUCGGUGACCCAGAUUGGCUAUGGUGCCUUUCAAAGCUGCAGCUCCUUGGCUGGUGUGACCAUCCCCGACUCAGUGAUCCAGAUUGAGGGUGGUGCCUUUUCACAAUGCAGCUCCUUAGUUAGUGUGACCAUCCCCGACUCAGUGACCCAGAUUGGCCGUGGUGCCUUUCAAUACUGCAGCUCCUUGGCUAGUGUGACCAUCCCAGAGUCAGUGACCCAGAUUGGCGAUGGUGCCUUUUCAAGAUGCAGCUCCUUGGCUAGUGUGACCAUCCCAGACUCGGUGACCCAGAUUGGCUAUGGUGCCUUUCAAUACUGCAGCUCCUUGGCUAGUGUGACCAUCCCCGACUCAGUGAUCCAGAUUGCGAAAAAUGCCUUUCGACACUGCAGCUCCUGA